UAAAUUUGCCCUGAAUGCCAAAGUUGCAAAGAAAACUAAAAGACAGACUUCAGAGCAGAAGGCUAAUCAGCAGAUGAGCUCUUCCAAUGGGAAUAAUUGUCAAGUACUGGAUGACAGCACUUUCAGUGAAACAUCUCAAGACGAAGGAAGACCUGCAGCAAAAACAGGGACUGAAAAGAGCAAGGUCAGUAUACAGAUGGAUGUAACUGAUGACCUUGACUCAACUCAGUCAUCUGACACAACUUCAGAGGAUGCUGAAUUACCAACUUCGACCUACAAAGAGGCUAUGUUGCUAUUAGAACAGCUUAGUGUGGAUCAUACAGGUUCUGCUGUUUUGUUGAAAAUUCAAAACAUACUUCUUGAAUAUGAACAAAUAAUAGAACGUGAAAAAAAUCGGUAUGCAGCUGUCUGGAGAGAAGUAAGGAAAUUGGAAAGUGAAAAGGAGGAGUCACAAUUAAUAGUGGAAGAGACUCGAGAUCUGAAAUCCAUCUUGUCUCACCAAGAAGUGGAAUGGAAAAGUGAUAUCCAGAGCCUUAAGUAUGUAACCUUGCAUUCUGAUGAUCUUCUGCUGGUGUAUAAUAUUAUGGAUUCUGAUAUUCUGUUAAAUCCUAGAUUUACUUUGAAACGAGAAGAGGAAAAGAGGCUCAGAGUAGAAACGCUGUAUGAGAAAACAAGAGAAAAACUAAGAAGGAAAGAAGAUGAGUAUUGUAAAGAGAUAGAGGAGAAACAGCAACUUGAGUUUCACGCAAGGGAUUUAGAGAUGGAGUUGUUAACACUGAGAAAGCUCCUGAAACAGGUUGAAGAAGAGCGUGAUGAAACACAGAGACAGCUCUCUCAGGAAAAGAGUGCCAGAGCCCUGCAGGUAGGAAUUUUGAACAACCACCUUUGGAGGCAGAAGGAACUAGAAGAAGAGACAAGAAUAACUGUAGGAAAGAAUUCAGGGGAAUCUGACACUGAGAGAGAAAAGGACCUGUUGCACAAAAACCAGUUACUACAAGAUGAGAUUGCUAUGCUAAGGCUAGACCUUGAUCAAGUAAGACUUAGGCACCAGGAGGAAGAAGGAAAAUAUUUAGAGGAAAAUGAGACUUUGAAAGAAAAAAAUGAAGAUCUCAAAAAAGAACUUAAACUGAAUGAGGAAGCCUUAACGCAAACAGUUUUUCAGUACGACGGACAGCUGAACUUACUAAAGACGGAAUCUGCGGUGCUGACUUCCAAACUUGAGCAGACAAAAGAAAGUAAAGACAGACUAGAGACGGAAAUGGAAUCAUUUCGUUCCCGCCUGAAUGCUGCUGUGCAAGAACUUGAACGUCACCAGUCAUCGAAAACUGACAUUGAACGAACAUUUCAGAGAGAACGUGAUGAAUGGCUUCGCUUGCAAGACAAACUCCAUCACGACCUCUCUAAUGUGCAAGAAACCAACAAGAGCUUGUCUCAGCAGCUGAGUAAAGCUGAAAGCAAAGCUAAUAGUCUAGAAAACGAGCUUCAUCAGUUGAAACAAACACUCAGAGAAAAAACGUUGCUCUUAGAAAUGACACAAAAGGAAUUAAGUCAAGCCCAGGCUCAGGCAAAGGAGUGUGAUCAUGCUCGACAACUUGAGAAAGAUCAAGUGAGCAAAUUUGUAAUAAAACAGGAAUCCAUGCAGGAGCGAUUGGCCCAGCUCCAGAGCGAAAACCUUUUGCUUCGUCAGCAACUGGAAGAUGUGCAGAAUAAGGGGAUCAUCAAAGAGAAAGUAGUGAACGAUGUGCAGGACCGGUUUAAUGAUAUGUUCAACAAACUCAGAGCUGAUACUGAAAAGCAAGUUUCUCUAGUGGAAGAGAGAAACAAGGAAUUAAAUGCCAAGUGUACUGCUUUGAGAGAACAAGUCUUUAAAUAUGAGACGGACAAAGUAGAAAGAGAGGGCAUGGUCAGACAGCUGCAGCAGGAGCUUGCUGAUGCUCUUAAAAAGCAAUCUAUGUCAGAAGCUUCACUUGAAGUUACCACGCGCUACCGCAGUGACCUGGAGGAAGAAAAGCUGCGCUUGCAAAAGGAAUUGGAAAAGGUUAAAACUAAGCUGCAGGAGUUGGAAGAGCAGCGUCUUCAGUCUGAGCGUUAUGUUCAUGACUUGAAGACUGCCUUGGACAGUAAGGAAAGAGAAGAAAGAGUUUCUUCCCAGAAACUGCAGGACCUUCUGUUGGCGUCUUCUGGGACUAAUACUACUAUUAAACAACUGGAAGAACACGUGCAACGCCUUGAAAUUGAAAAUGCCAGACUGGAAGCUACAGUCCAGCAACAAAGCGGUAGGAUCGAAGCCCUUCAGAGAGACCUGCCAGCCUCUUCCUCAGUUCAUAACCGCCUGGAAGACUUGAUAACUGGCUUAGGGACAAGACAGGCAGCUGCAGAGAACCACCACCAUCAGCAG